AUGGUCACACCAUACACUUCCCAGAAUGCUCAGCAGUUGAAUUCCAGUGCUAGACAAAAUCGUCUCGGAGGUAUAAAUUGGCUGCUAACCCACGGUAGUGCUUCGAAUUCUGCUCCGAAAACCGUGCAACAGACAAGGAAAAGCACCACAAGAUCUGGUACCGAGGGAUUGUCGAUGCCGGGAACUACAUCCCUAUAUGUCUCCCAGGGUAGUCAACAGUCGUCACAGGGUGCCAGGAAACACAAUUCUGGGUUGUUUUAUGGGAUGCAACAGCAGGUGACAACAGCAUAUGCUUCCCCCAAUACUAGUCAUCCAAAUGAGACCCCUUCGCGAAUUACCAUGAAAUCCCCUCUUCGGUCUCCUCAUCUACCUCAGCGUGAAGGCGCGCCAGUCCAGGUUGUGCAGAAGAUGUCCUAUUUGAAUCAAGGUGACCCGAAAACGCUCCCACAAGUAAAUAUGUCACCGUAUUCUCUCCCUCGUCUGCCUCAGUUAGACGGUGCAUCAGAACCAGGACAUGCUUCCCACACUACCCGCGCUGCCUCGACAAGUAUCCCUGAGAUGAAGAGUUCAUCCUAUCGUUCUACCCAGUUGGAUAGCAGACUAGCUCAUACUUCCCAGAAUCUCUGGUGUUCUGCUCAAGCGAAUACUCAAGAAACCGCGAUACCCCUUCAACCAUCACCUCCAUCCAGGCAAGCAAACACCACGAUCCCAGCUUCCGAAUCCACCAUGUCUUCCAAACAAAUAACCAAAAGACGUCAGCUUGGAGGAAGCAGAACUUCUCAAAAGUCCUUAUCUGCAACAAAAGCUAAGUCUCGGCCAAAGGCUGCCUCAAAAGGCACGGUGAUCCAGCCGCCUUCGACGUCCCAGCCAGAAAAUACAGCAGUAGGUGCUUCUCAUGCUGGUUAUUCUGAUCAAAAUGCCGAGAGAUGGAAACCUGCGCAAGAGGGACACGCCCCGAAAGCGACUUUGUUGUCCCUUUCCCCCGUUUCUCAAGUGAAUGGCUUAAUAGGGCCUGCAUCUCAAAACAGUGAGGAGUCAAGGCCACAUGCCCAAGGACACGGUGUAUCUCGAUAUCAAAAGCCUGCAGAACCAGCUGCUCAGACUACUAGUGGACCGUUAUGCAUACCUCGGCCAGAAGAUAGAGAAGCGCCUAUUUCCCAGUACUUCAGAUAUUCAAAUGACAUCCGCCAGGGGCAUGAUCCUUUCCAAAGUCAAUAUGCUCUCGGUCAAGUUCCUCGGACGACAGUCACGCCGUCCCAGGUUUCUCGACGGCCAAACGCAACAAUGGCUGCUCUCCAGUAUUUUAGAUAUUCAAAUGAAUCAUACCCAGGACGCGAUAUUCCCCAGGAUCAAACCUUUUCGGGCUCGGUUUCUCAGGCGACCAUCACUCCGAGUCACCUUUCUCUUCGUCGAGAUGUAACGACGACUGCUCCUCAUCCUGCAUAUUCAGAUUGGACCUGUCAUAAUUCCCAGAACGAAAAUUCUCUAAGGACUGUUCCUCAAACAGCUACCGCACCUCCCCUAGAACCAGAAGAGGAAGAUAUUGCUUCCCAGUUGCUCAAGCAAUUGCAAACCACGAAGCCUACCGUGCGUCACCCGGAAUUGGAACAAGACCGAAAUGGACCAAAAGCCGCUUUCCAACUUGGACAUCCAACUUCUGCUGCAAGCCCGUCCCCUUUCACAACAUCACAGAAAGCAAGCCACUCUGAAGUUGAGCUUCACAACCCAGCUACGACGAAUCGUUUUGAGAAGGUCUCGGAACCAUCUCAACUCAAGCAAAAUAAAAACAUCGCCGGAAAUUCUUCCAAGACAAGUUUGCCGGCUACAUCGUCGGACACUCUUUCCUCGGUGCAUGGGCCUGCCACCCCUGGUGGGUCUGCCAAGGGAAAGCCUAGAGGUCGUCCUCCGAAAAUGUCUAAGGAUAGGCAACCCGAAACUUCCUCAACUGUGGCCACUCAGACAGGCCAUUCUGGUGCCGCUUUGGAAGUCAACCAUCCAGCUUCAAUGCCGGAACCAACUACAGUGUAUGCCUCUUCCAAAGAUGAAGUCAAGAAGGACGAUCUUAAAGAUGCCAAACGAGCAAUAUCUGCUGGUAAACAAAGUAGGUCCCCAGAAACUGGUCUACCAAUAAGUCCUUCAAUAUUAUUGGAAAAUAUCAGUCCUCCCAUGCAAAUGCAAGGUCCUAAUGCAGCGGAGGAACUUUCUACCCAAAGACGCAAGAGGGGCCGCCCAAAACUAGGUGCCGGAAAGCAAAGAGGAACUAUCAUGAAAACUGCUCUGCGGAGUGUACCUCCAUAUCCAUCUCCUUCCAUUUCAACCGAAACAACUGUUUCUGCACAGGGAAACACCCCAAAGAAAAAGAGAGGACGCCCAAAAAGAAGCAGUGAUGUACAGAAUCAAACUGGCUCAAGAAUCGAUUCCCGAAUAAAUUCUCCAACGAACACUCCGAAUUCACAACCUCGACAUCGUACGCCAAGGAAACGUGCGGAACAGGAUGGGCCGCGCUUGGUCUUUCACCAAGGAUCCAACACGACACCGUCUUUACCGGACCCAAAUUGUAUUCCAGAAAGUCAUAUUCCUACUGCUAAUAUCGACCAUGCUGCCGAAGGCGACCAAAGCACUUUGCAGCGUCGUUCUGUGAACGAUGCGCCACCUACUCAAAGUAAAACCCUCCCAGAGCUGUCUCUUUCGGCAUUAUUAUAUGGGGAUGCAUCACAUUAUCCAGAAGGAGACAAUACUACAACAGCGCACAUCCCCCAUCGCAUUUCUCACGAAAAAGCUAUUGGGUCUCUCGGGUCUGAUAAAGUUACGGUUGAGAUGGUGCCAGAGAAGAACCAACCCUCCACGGAAGUUGCUUCUUCCUACCGCUCAACGACGGUCUCUUCGUCCCGGGGGGCUCACGAGGAAGAUGCUGGAAGUAUGCAUAUUCCCCAGAGCACUGCUUGCAAAGGAAGCAAGAAAAUGCCAUAUGCAGAUACUACUUCGUCUUCUAGAAUGCGUACACCCCAGCAGAGUCGGCAAUCAACUGCAACAACACUUUCUGCGCACAAGGAGUCAAUGGUUCCAUUUGAUUCCCCUGGUGCUACUCGUGGUCAACGUACGAGAAAGGAGACCCCUCAGCGUGGCGUGCUUAACAGGUAUAAGCGUCCCCGUCCUGAGAACAAUGGCUCGAAUAUUAGCCUUCCAGGACAGAGUCCAAAGAACUCACAAGUGGUGGUCUCCCAAACAUCAUCGAACCAUAAUAGGACCCCUAAGAGGCGUCGAUUGGAGGAUACACGGGCCCCACACCCCGAGGAUGCCAUGGUAAUUCCCUCCUCGCGAGUGAAUGGUAUGAAAUCAACCACCGAAUCAAGAGGAGGCGUUGAGCAUCAGCCCAAGCGUUCGGAGCAGCCUCUUGUUGAAGUCAAUGUCCCUAGCACACCGUCACGAUUUGUUAAAACUUCCGAGGCGAAUGUGACUAGAGCAUUUGGUGGACAUGAGAUGAAUACUGACGGACAAAAACAAGGCUCCAAGCUAGCUCGCGUCGAAAUUACUACGCCGGGUAUGACUUCGCAUCCCAAAAACGGCACGAACGGUUCUGCGGACUUGGGCAAAAAAAUGGAUCUUAAACCAACGCAAGGUACAGAUCACGAAGGUGGGGACAAGGAUCAAUCCGGCGUUAGAACCGCUCCCCUUCAGAGAAAUCCAAUUGAUACGUUUUCCUCGAAUCUCUUGAAACGCCCGCCUGGUUAUGCCGAGUCUCAAAAUCGAGACAGCGGACCGACUCUUCAUGCACCAGGUACACCUGCCCAGUAUCCUCCACAUACGGUCAUCCCUCUUGCAACCAGUACUCCACAGAACCCUUCUGAACGAAGUUGGGCGUACCAUCAGCAAAAUGGAACACAAUCUCAACGCCCGUACAUGGGAAACUAUAUGCCAGGAGUGUUUUCGCAACCCCGAUACCCCGCAAGACCGACAACUAUGGUAUCUCCACCUCCGCAAUCUCAAGCCAACCUUUCAGGGUACUCAUUUGCACCAAGAGACCCCACGGACAGAAAUUAUCUCAAGGGGCGGCCUGAUAUCGUUAAACCUCUUAAAAUGGAAGAUACUACGGAGAAAACGGAGUACAACCCGGCUACAAUCGCGAGGGAUAUCUUGAUCGCAACAGGUCGCCAUCCUACAGAGGCACCUUUGAAUCGCCAUCUUUUCCGACUGCGAGACACUUUCUUAUUUCUCGAUUACACCUCAGAUCUAGAUUCUUUCCGCUGGGACCUGGUUGAUCCGACUCCAGCGUCGCAAACAGCACCUAGGGGGCCACAGCCUGGGCAAUGA